GGAGCGCGGGGAGGAGGGCGAGGGGAGGGAGGAGACACCCGCCCCGCUCCCUGCAAAGCGGCCUUAUUUAUCUGGGCACAGCCACAGCCUCCCCGGUGGGAGGCUCGGGCGGCCGAUCCUCUCCCACCGGGGAGCUCAGCUCCGGGCGCGGCGGAGGGGGCCCGGCGGGGCGCGGGGCGCGGCCGGGCUCUGCCCGCCAGUCCAGCCCCUCGGCCGCCUCCGAGCUCACCGGCGCCCAUGCUGGGCUCCCUAUGACGCGAGGUCGCCGGGCGGACAGCGUGGCAUGAGCCAGGAGCCCAGGCCAAGAACAUUCGAGGAAGAUGUCGAGCCCCGGUGUCAACGGCGACCCCAAACCUCCAUGCUUGCCUCGAAAUGGCCUGGUAAAGCUGCCGGGCCAGCCCAAUGGCCUGGGAGCAGCCAGCAUCACCAAGGGCACUCCUGCUGCCAAGAACCGUCCCUGCCAGCCACCGCCCCCACCCACCCUUCCACCUCCCAGCUUGGCCUCCCCGCUGUCCCGGGGCACACUUGCUGGGGGCCCCUGYCCCCUGGCAGGUGGACCAGCCUCAGCCUCGGUGCCUGGACCCCCAGCAGAGCGGCCACCACUGGCCACAGAUGAGAAGAUCCUCAACGGCCUCUUCUGGUACUUCUCAGCAUGCGAGAAGUGCGUGCUAGCCCAGGUGUGCAAGGCCUGGCGGCGUGUGCUCUACCAGCCCAAGUUCUGGGCAGGCCUCACACCUGUACUGCACGCCAAGGAGCUCUACAACGUGCUGCCUAGUGGUGAGAAGGAGUUCGUGAACCUGCAGGGCUUCGCUGCACGUGGCUUUGAGGGCUUCUGCCUGGUUGGGGUCUCCGACCUGGACAUCUGUGAGUUCAUCGACAACUAUGCGCUCUCCAAGAAGGGGGUCAAGGCCAUGAGCCUCAAGCGCUCCACCAUCACGGAUGCCGGCCUAGAGGUGAUGCUGGAGCAGAUGCAGGGUGUGGUGCGCCUGGAGCUGUCGGGCUGCAACGACUUCACUGAGGCAGGGCUGUGGUCCAGCCUCAGUGCCCGGAUCACCUCGCUGAGCGUGAGCGACUGCAUCAAUGUGGCUGACGACGCCAUCGCGGCCAUCUCGCAGCUGCUGCCUAACCUGGCRGAGCUGAGCCUGCAGGCCUACCACGUGACGGACACGGCGCUGGCCUACUUCACGGCUCGGCAGGGUCACAGCACGCACACGCUGCGUCUGCUCUCUUGCUGGGAAAUCACUAACCACGGCGUGGUCAACGUGGUGCACAGCCUGCCCAACCUCACAGCACUCAGCCUCUCAGGCUGUUCAAAGGUCACCGAUGAUGGUGUUGAGCUCGUAGCCGAGAACCUUCGCAAGCUGCGCAGCCUCGACCUGUCGUGGUGCCCUCGCAUCACAGACAUGGCACUAGAGUAUGUAGCCUGCGACCUGCACCGCCUGGAGGAGCUUGUGCUGGACAGGUGUGUACGCAUCACGGACACUGGCCUCAGCUAUUUGUCCACCAUGUCAUCCCUCCGCAGCCUCUACCUGCGAUGGUGCUGCCAGGUGCAGGACUUCGGGCUGAAGCACCUCCUGGCUAUGAGGAGUUUGCGUCUCUUGUCUUUGGCAGGCUGCCCACUGCUGACCACCACGGGGCUGUCGGGCUUGGUGCAGCUGCAGGAGCUGGAGGAGCUGGAGCUGACCAACUGCCCGGGAGCUACACCUGAGCUCUUCAAGUACUUCUCGCAGCACCUGCCCCGCUGCCUAGUCAUUGAGUAGCGCUGGGCUCCCAGCCAGGCCUCGGAACCCGCCACGCUCUGGGCGGGGCGAGGGGCUCUUCCAGGCCCCUCAGUGGACCUUGCCCAGCAGCCGCGUAUGAUCCCGCGCGGGAGGCGGGACGAGUUGAGGACAGCCCCUCCCCGCGCCGCCCUCGGCCCCCUCCGCUCCUCUUUCUGUCCGCCCCGGGCAGGGGACGACCGGGCCAGCCCCACGCACGCACGCACACUCGGGGACUUUGUGCAUGCCCCUCGUGCCCGCACUGCACGCCCGCCCUCCACCACGCCACAGCCGCCGCCAUCACUCGCCCGCCCCGCUGCGGGGCUCGGUCCCUGGGGGGCACUCUGAGCCCACCCGCCCCCCUCCCCCGCCGCUGCCUUCCCUGCCACACCCCGCUCUCUGCCUCCCUGCUGUCCCCCAUCCCGGGCAGGGCCCAGAGGAUUGGGGGGCUGGGUCCCCCAGGACUCAGGGGCCCGGAAGAGCCUCAAGGACCUUCAACAUCUUCCACUGCACGGCGCCUGGAGCCCUCUCUCUUAGGGGCSAGGGGACUCAGGCCACUGCCAAAGCCAUGGCCCAAUGAGGAGCCCAACUCCAAGCCCCCUCCUCCUCCCCCAUGCCUGCCCAACACAAGGGGCCUUUUUCCCUUACUGUUGAGUGGGCAGUCCCUGUUGGCUUCCCCUCCUACCCCCCCACCGCCCCCAACC